CGCUUUUGACAUUACGUGCAAGGAAUUCUCCAAGUGGAUAUAUAUAAAGCUGGUAUUGAAACUCUCUCUGACGACCACAAAAAAGUUUAGUGCAAUGGAGACUCAGAGCACCGCCUCCGCCUCCGCCCAAGAACCACCCAGGAGUGUAAUUGGUGGAGCCAACAGUAUCGGGAGCAAAGCAAUUUGCAGUUGCGGCGAAGGGUAUACAUGUGUGAUCACUAGGACCCAAGGACCUGAUGCCGGGAAGACCUACAAUUGCACCGGAGACUGCGUUUGUGUUCUAGGCGAGAAUGCGGAUGGAGACUCAAAGGAGAAGCUAGAAAGACUUAAAGCGACCGGUGGUGCAUAUUGUGAGUGUGGUGAAGGAUGGAGCUGUGUGAUAACGAAGGUUGGAUCUGGUGCAGGUAAGCCAGCCUUUGAAUGUGCUGGAGAUUGCACGUGCGUUACUACGGCUUAAGCUGUUAUAGGAGUACGCUUGUUGAUUGUAUUAAAUGAAUAAAUGGCUACUAUAUAAGCUCUCUUAAUACAUUUUGGUUUGUAUUUUUGGCAAUAGUUGAACUUUUUGUAUUGUAAGUGAAGUCUACUGUUAAGUUUGUGUGUACUUCUCUUUUCAUGUCUGAUAGGAUUUUUUAUAUUUAUGGACUUACUCAGAAUUGGACUA